GUCUGUGCGCGCUCAGGCAGGGCAGGAGGACGCGCGGGACAGCAGCACACCGGCCGGGUCAAGGAGCUGCAAGGAUGGAGAUCCGACCAGACAGGUUCAAGGCCGUCGCGGGCAAAACUCUGGGGAAAAUACACAGGCUGAUAGAGAAGCGGCAGCCUAAUGGAGAGACCAUCGAGUUGUCAGCGGAGGGCCGACCCGAGCUGGUGGAGGAGAAGGAGAUGCCAGUGGUGGACUGCACCUGCUUCGGCCUGCCCAGGCGCUACAUCAUCGCCAUCCUGUCCGGCCUGGGCUUCUGCAUCUCUUUUGGCAUCCGGUGUAACCUGGGUGUGGCCAUCGUCAGCAUGGUCAACGACCACACGGUCUACAAAGGGAACAAGGAGGUCCUCGUGGCUGCACAGUUCACCUGGGACCCGGAGACAGUCGGGAUGAUCCACGGCUCCUUCUUCUGGGGCUACAUAGUCACACAGAUUCCGGGUGGCUUUAUAUGUCAAAAAUUCGCAGCCAACAGAGUGUUUGGCUUUGCCAUCGUGGCCACAUCCACGCUUAACAUGCUGAUUCCAUCCGCCGCCCGCUGCCACUACAGCUGUGUCAUACUGGUCAGGAUAUGCCAGGGCCUUGUUGAGGGUGUAUCCUACCCAGCCUGCCACGGGAUCUGGGCCAAGUGGGCCCCCCCUCUGGAGAGAAGUCGACUGGCCACAACAGCCUUUUGUGGAUCGUAUGCAGGGGCGGUGGUGGCCAUGCCUCUAGCUGGGGUGCUGGUGCAAUACUCUGGGUGGCCUUCAGUUUUCUAUGUUUAUGGCAGCUUUGGGAUAUUCUGGUAUUGCUUCUGGAUUCUGGUGUCAUAUGAGAGCCCCGCGGCCCAUCCCACCAUCACACCAGAGGAGAGGAAGUACAUUGAAGACGCAAUCGGAGAGUCAGCAGCAUUUCUCAACCCUCUCCAUAAAUUCAAAACCCCAUGGAGACACUUCUUCACCUCCAUGCCAGUGUACGCCAUCAUAGUAGCCAACUUCUGCAGGAGCUGGACCUUUUACCUGCUGCUCAUCAGCCAGCCGGCCUACUUUGAAGAAGUCUUUGGCUUUGAGAUCAGCAAGGUGGGCUUGGUGUCAGCCUUGCCUCAUCUGGUGAUGACGAUCAUUGUGCCCAUCGGCGGCCAGUUGGCAGACUACCUGAGAAGCCACAACCUGAUGUCCACCACCAAUGUCAGAAAGCUCAUGAACUGUGGAGGAUUUGGUAUGGAGGCCACCCUCCUGCUGGUGGUGGGAUUCUCUCACACGAAGGGUGUGGCCAUUUCCUUUUUGGUCCUUGCAGUGGGCUUUAGUGGAUUUGCUAUCUCAGGAUUUAACGUCAAUCACUUGGAUAUUGCCCCUCGCUACGCCAGCAUACUGAUGGGCAUCUCAAAUGGAGUGGGAACUUUGUCGGGCAUGGUGUGCCCUCUCAUAGUGGGAGCCAUGACCAAACACAAGACACGUGAGGAGUGGCAGUAUGUCUUUCUCAUUGCCUCCCUUGUUCACUAUGGCGGAGUGGUUUUCUAUGGGCUCUUUGCGUCCGGGGAGAAGCAGCCGUGGGCGGACAUCGAGGACACGAGCGAGGAGAAGUGCGGCAUCAUCGAUGAGGACGAACUGGCCAAUGAGACGGAGGAGCUCUACCGUGGAGGCGGGCAGUACGGCGCCAUAAACCAACCGGCCGUUGGCUCGAACGGGGGAGGGGGCGGAGGUGGGGGAGCCGGGACCGGCUGGGUGACGGACUGGGAUAAAUCUGAGGAGUACGUGCAGCCGCCCGGAUACAACUCGUACAUGUAUGGGGGAGAAGAGGAGAGGGAGCUGACAUAGAGGAUUAACACGUUGCAUGUCAAAACAGAGAGAGCAAAUCGGGACGGGGAGAGUGUGAAAGUUUCGCCGCGAAGCUGAAUGGAACUGUGGUGUGCUUUUGUACAAUAUUUACAACUGCACAUGUGAAAAAGUAUGCAUCGGAUUCAUUUUAGUGUGUGUGUGUGUGCGUGUGUGUGUGUGAGAGAGAAAGAGAGCAAGAGGGUGUGUGUGUGUGCGUGUGGAGGUGAUAGAAUCAUAAUGUACAUAGGCUUACAUAUUCAUUUGCAAAAACUGAACUCAUCUCCCAGAGUUCCUUGCUGCUCCUGAACCCUUUGUGAUCGGUCAGGAGUGACGUUUUAAUGGAAAGUACAUCACUGAGGAGUUUUUCUGUGUGUGUGUGUGUGUGUGUGUGUGCGUGUGUGUGUGUGUGUGUGUGUGUAGUGGACUUUUUGCCUGUACAGCAACUCUCUGCAUUGCAUUGCAUUUUACUUUCAAAUGUAAGCCACCAUUUAGUUGUUUGUGCUGGGAAAGCGCCCCUGGAGAUGUGAAAUACAAAGCUUUUGGGCGCACAGCAUCACUCAAGCUGAUAAAAACAAAAUCUGACAGCAACAAAAGCUCAAGUUUUAACAACUGAGUUUUGAAGAGGUGAGUUCAAGUUUAGUCAGGCAGCGUAAGCCCGGCUUUAUUAGUCCGACAGCUUUGCACGUCUGAUGAUUUGAUCUUGUCAAAACCAAGACGAUGCUAUUCCGGAGUGUGACCUUGCACCCGCUUCGUUUUCCUUUGCCACACAGUCGUUUCCAGAGCAUGCUUUAUCAAACCAUGCUUGUAUGUGGUUGUAUUUAUGGCUUCAUUUACUGCAACAAUCCAUCAUGUUUGAAACCUUUGAUGACGCCUUUCAAAGUGUCCAGUCAGGGGGGAGAAAGGUGCUUUAGGUGUUGUGUUAGUCUGUGUGUGUGUGUCUGUGUGUGUGUGUCUAUGAUGUGAUCACCCUCCCGGUGUUUUCAACAUUUUGCCGAACUCACUGAGUCAGCUUGCUAAGAGAAAAAUUGAUUUCAUGAACCGUUACAUGUAAAGAGCUUUUUGUGACACCAGGCUAAUGUGUCUGUCAUGUGUGUGUGUGUGUGUGUGGGUGCAUGGGUUGUGUGUGUGUGCACAGGCGCAUGCUUGAGCGUGGGCACAAAGCUGCAUGUGGCGUCUAGCUAACUUUCACCUGGGUAUGACCUAACUAGGUCACGUCCAGCUCGGCCUAUGGGUCACAAAGCGCACAUCGAGAGUAAUCAUCUGACAGUUGUGGCUUUGCGUUCGGUGUGUGUGCUCCCAUCGGAGAGGUGGCCUAGAACGACAAGUAGAGUGUGAUAGUUGUUUAACUGUUGACAUGUUAGAUAGCGUGGAAUAAUCAAGCUUAUAAUAAUAUUCCCGGGCAGCACAGCAGCUCUGGCUGUUUCUUCAUCUCUGUUGCCUCUCCAUGUAUUUAUUCCUCUGUCUUCUCCCUUUAUGGCUUUUCUGUCGGUGCCGUUUUAUUGUCUUUAAUCCCUGAUUGUCAGUCAUGUAUGAGAGCUUAGCUUGUGUGUGUGUGUGUGUGUGUGUGGUGUUGGGUGCAGGUGCAGGUGCUGAAACAUUGUGCGGUGAGCAUGUUUUAAUGAUAGGCAGGAGCACAGCAGCGCAGUCACCCCGUCCCUCUCUUCCCCUUUUUACACACGCACAUGCGCACAGGCACACAUGCACAUGCAUACAUGCACAUAUACUGUGUGUGUGUGUAUGUGAGUGUGUGUGCAGACAGACACUGAAGUUCUGCAUUUACAUGUCAUGCUGAGUUUUUUUUUUUUUUAAUUAAAUAAUAUGCAGAUGGCUGUAUUUAAGCUCAAACAUCUAAUUCCAUUUUACUAAUAGAGGAGUUUGUGGUUUGAGCUCAGGUCAAAUGCACUGCUGGGUGUUGACAAAGGUUUAUUGUAAUGCAGACUGAAGGAUUAAUAUUUACAAAAAAAAAAAAAAAGUGUUGGUAUAUAUUAAUUUUGAAUGUGGCCAAGGCAGAUUGCCACUAUAUUUUGAGUACAAAUGAGUACAAAUGUGUCCGAGACAGGAAUGACAGCUCCUGUGAACGAUGUCAUUUUUUUUUUUAAAAUGUGUUGUAUCGGUGUAUUUUCAAUCAAGUUUCUUCUGUCGUCUCUCCGUUGUUCUCUUCCUACGUCUUGAUGAAAUGUUUGAUUACCUGUGGGGAAUCAGUGUUAAAAAAUAAAACAUAAAAUAAAAGGAAAUGAUGAAUAUUCAAACACGGAAAAAAAAAUGUGAAAAAAACAUUCUAUGUAUAAAAGAUGUAUAUGUGAGAUAUCCUUGUGUAUAAUAAAAUUGAAACAAUUUAA